AUGUUGGCCACGAUUCUGCUCAAGCUGGGCGAUAACCUCUAUGUGUUAUUCGCGCUGGCUCUUUUUGUUCUCGUCGCUGUAUUGAAUCGCCCACGAAAGUUUCCUGUCAACCUCCCUAUCCUGUCUCCCUCAGGAGAGUCUGGACCAUCUGGUGCUCGAAAGGAUAUCCAGGCAUUUGUUCGUAAUGGCUUCCAAGUUGUCCAACAGGGAUACGACCAGUAUUCCAAAAAAGGCCAAAACUUCUUCAUGCGCACCCCCGACGGGUUGGUCUUCGUCGCCGCCCCUCGAUUCAUCGAAGAACUCCGCCAAGCACCAGACGACAAACUGUCCGCCAUGGCAGCCAGCAACGACGUUCUCCAAGUGCAAUAUACCCUCCAUCCAGAACUAGCGCACACCUGGUACGAAUUCGAUACGAUACGUACGGAUCUGACGAGAAGUCUGGCACCGACUUUACCAGACGUGGUGGACCAGUGCCAUCGCGGGUACGUUUCGCUAUUAGGACAACCAUCCGACUGGACAUCGAAGCACAUGUGGCCGAUUUGCUGUCGGAUCGUGACCCAGGUGACGAAUCGAUUGUUGUUCGGCGAGGAAAUGGCGAAUCACCCGGCGUUCACUGAACUGGCUGCGAAUUACACCUAUACGGUCUUUGGGGGAGCACACACCAUCCGGUACUAUCCGUCCUGGACGCGGUCGUUUAUCAUGUGGUGGAAGACUCGGAUGGGAGAGGAGAAGGCGUUGGCAAAGAAACUUCUUGGACCGCUGCUGAUUAGUAGGAUCAAGCGGAUCAAAGAGGCUAGAAGAACGAAUGGGGAGUCGGAGCGUGGACAAAAGAGACCGAAUGACGCCGUGCAAUGGGUGCUGGAACUGACUCCGCCCCACCAUCUGGACGACAUCGACCUUCUCGUAGCCCGCAUGUUGCACCUGGUUGUCUCGGCGAUUCACACCAGCAGCUCGACGUUCAUGGAUACCAUGUACGAUCUUGCUCUGCACCCGGAAGUGGUCGCUCCGCUCCGCGAAGAAAUCGAUCGUGUCAUGGCUGCAGAAGGGGGAUGGACGAAGCAGGGACUGACCAAGAUGCAUAAAUUAGACAGUCUCAUCAAGGAAAGCUCGCGAUGGCAUCCUUUCAUCACAGGGGCGCUUGACAGACGAGCGAUUCAAGAUCUCCGCCUCAGUGACGGAAGCGUCAUCCCAAAAGGCUGCCAAGUGACCGUCCCUCACCUGCCAAUGCUCUUUGACGAGGAUCUGUACGGCCCUACCGCGAACGAAUUCGACCCCUUUCGAUUCUCGAAGAGAAAGGAGACGCCCGGCGAGGAGAAUAAGCAUCUCUUUGUGCAAACCUCAUCGGACUAUAUGUUUUUCGGGUAUGUCCAUACAUGA